CAAAUGCACACCUAGUGUUUGUGGUUUGGCUUCGUUUACAAGGUUAAAAUUUGCCAAAGGAUAGUUAUGUUCCAAGCAAAUGAAGAUAAAAAUCAUGAAAGCUUGCGGCAUUUGUUCUGAUGGAUCUUCAUGUCGGCAUUCCCCUUCUGUCAGAGUAAAGAAGCCAGGCUCGCAUGUCAAACACCUACGCUGGAUGCACAUACUUCUGCUGGUCAUCCUCCUGGCAGGUCAGGCCUCCUGUGAUGAGACGUCUGCUGCUCUUUCCCCUCUUUCCAUUCCUACCAAUGCACAGACUUCAGUAUACUACUUUGUUGUUGUCACUGUGGAUGGACAGAAGAAUGAAUCAGAAAUCACUGCCUGGCUUAGCCAGGUGUUCCACAACAAGCUGCAGAGCUGCGUGCCUCCAAACCAUGAAGAAACAACUGCCACACCUACCUCUCUACAAACCACAUCUGCAAACACUUCAUAUGACACGACACUCAUGACGACCGCGACAACAUUGCAAAGCUAUAAUACUACUAUGGCAACUACAACAUUGCAGAGCAACAACACAAGUACAGCUGCAACAACAACAACGUUACUGAGCAACAACACAACUACAGCUGCAACAACCACAACGUUACUGAGCAACAACACAACUACAGCUGCAACAACAACGUUACUGAGCAACAACACAACUACAGCUGCAACAACAACGUUACUGAGCAACAACACAACUACAGCUGCAACAACAACAACAUUACUGAGCAACACAACUACAGCUGCAACAACAACAACGUUACUGAGCAACAACACAACUACAGCUGCAACAACAACAAUGUUACUGAGCAAAAACACAACUACACUUGCAACAACAACAGCAUUAAAUAGCUCCACCACAACAACUUUACCUGGCGGUGAAAGAAAGAACAAACCAACAAGGAAACCAAAGCCCAGUCAGCCAAACAAGGACCGCAUAGCUCUUGAAAUUAGGGACCGUGUGACACAAACCAGUGAAAACAAAACAACUGGCCUAUUUCAAGGAAUUGAUGUUUCAUGCGCCAACAAGACUGCAAAAAAAAACACCAAGUGUUUGGUGAUGCUGCAGCUGAAGCAAAGGGUCCCUACAUGUUGUAUUCUCCGUACGCUCUGUGCGGCCAAUAAAACAUCUUCUGAUAUCCACCUGGUGGGAAAAACAGCAAAUAGAAUCGGUCUGCUACAAAAUCAGUGCAAUAGCAAUAUACAAGAGCAAAAGAGUUGCACUUAUACUGGUCAAGCUGGUGCAUCAUGUGAAGAAUCUGCGACUGCAAAUGUGGUUCCUCAACGCAACUCAACUCACUGUGGUGCAGGUAAAUGGAACAACACCUGCAGCUGCUCUGCGUACUGCAAUGGAACUGAUGCAUACUACACUUUUCAGAUUUCAUUACAAGAUUCUAGGAUGAACUUGUCAUAUGUCUUGUCCCUUAUUUCUAAGAUAACACAAAGAUCAAACUGCCCUUCAAGUGCAGAUGUUUCAUGUCCAUUGUCCAUCAUUACAUCUGAAUACAAGGAUGCCAAAGUGGAAUGUGGAAAGACAGCAUCAAAUCUUCUAAGCUGCAGAGUGAUUUUAGGCUUUGGCCAUGAGGUUCCUAUCUGUAACGUGUCGGCAGCCGUGAUGAAUGUGUUUCGGUCUGAGAAAGAAAUCCGUUACAAUGGACAAGUGACCCGAGCAGCAAUUUGUGGAAAUUCAAAAGUCAGCGACAACCCACUUAAAUCCAAGUUCAUGUGGAUUAACAUUAACCUAAAGCCUGCUACCUUUUGUACGACAAUAGAAGAGGCUUACAUACUCUCUUGUCAAAAUGGGACAAAUGUGCUUGUGCAGCUGGACCAGCGGUGUGUUCAGGUGCCGUUUACCACGCCCAGCCCAAAUGUGACAACGGCACAACCAAACACCACCACAACCAGCCCAAAUGUGACAACUGUACAACCAAAUACCACCACAAUCAGCCCAAAUGUGACAACUGUACAACCAAACACCACCACAACCAGCCCAAAUGUGACAACUGUACAACCAAACACCACCACCAUCAGCCCAAAUGUGACAACUGUACAACCAAACACCACUGCAACCAGCCCAAAUGUGACAACUGUACAACCAAACACCACCACCAUCAGCCCAAAUGUGACAACUGUACAACCAAACACCACCACAACCAGCCCAAAUGUGACAACUGUACAACCAAACACCACCACAACCAGCCCAAAUGUGACAACCGCACAACCAAACACCACCACCUCAUCUGUACAUGUAACUUCAUCCCCACUGAGCACAACAGCUCAAACUCUGAAUGCCACCGCCACUGCUGCUAAUGUCACAUUGUCAGCUGAGAGCCAAGCCAAUGCACUGCUUGAGCGGACCGGAGACGUGUCCAACCUAAACUCCAGCCAGGUGGAUCAGCUGGUGUCUCAGCUGGAAAAUCUUUUGUCGGGCCCGACCGUCAGCCUGGCACUGGGGAACACUUCCGUCCACAUCGUCAGCAAUCUGCUGGGUGCCUCUCCUGAGGUGCUGUCCGACUCCUCCAACAGGAUUAUAGGGAUUGUUGAUACAGUGGGGUUGAAGCUGGUCCUUGGCGGAGAGCCUGAGACCCUCUUGUCCCCGGCUGUGGCUCUGUCUGUGAAACCAGCAGAUGGCAGCAACUUUCAAGAAACAUUUUUCUCCAUCUCAGACCCCAAUCAUGUACAGGUCCGUGGGGAUUCCAGGCUCAGAAGGAGUGUGAGAACAGACAUCCCUCAGGGCUCCAUCAGGCUGCCCCCCACUCUCACACAGGACCUGACCAACGAGCAACAGCAGCUGGCCUCCAGAGUCCAGUUCAAUUUCUACCAGGAGAGCACAGUUUACCAGGACAGAUCUUUGGGCACAGAACGCAAACUCAAUAGUGGGAUCCUGGGAGCGAGUGUGGCCAACCUGUCAAUCACAGAACUGCAGGACGAUGUUGUAAUUCACCUGAGGAACACAGAGCCGGUUCCAGCUAAUUUUGUGGCUACAUGUGUUUUCUGGGACUUUACAUUAAAUGACGAAUCAGGUGGUUGGAAUCCAAAAGGCUGUUUUGUCCAAAGCAGCACAGACAACGUGACAGUUUGUGGCUGCAACCAUUUGACCAGUUUUGCUAUAUUGCUGGACCUCUCCAGAGAGCCUCUAGUCAGUCGUGUACAGGCCACCAUACUCACAUUUAUCACGUAUAUUGGCUGUGGAAUCUCUGCCAUCUUCCUGUCCAUCACCCUCCUCACUUAUUUGGCCUUUGGGAAGUUGCGGAAGGACAUUCCAUCCAAAAUCCUAAUCCAGCUGUGCCUGGCGCUGCUGCUGCUGAACCUGGUCUUCAUGGUGGAUGCGUGGCUGGCGCUCUACCCAGACGCUGUGGGCCUCUGCAUAUCCACCGCAUUGUUCCUUCACUACUUCCUGCUGGUUACCUUCACCUGGAUGGGACUUGAGGCUGUCCACAUGUACCUGGCCCUUGUGAAAGUCUUCAAUAGCCACAUAUCACGCUACAUGCUGAAGUUCUCGCUGGUCGGCUGGGGCGUCCCCAUGAUUGUGGUAAUAAUUGUCAUUGCAAUUGACAAGGACAACUACGGUCUGGUCUCCUAUGGGAAGUUUCCAGAUGGCACUAGUGAUGAUUUCUGCUGGCUGAAAAAUGACAUUGCUUUCUAUGUGGCAGUGGUGGCCUAUUUCUGCUUCAUUUUUGUGUUCAACCUUGCCAUGUUCGUUGUGGUGUUGAUCCAGCUGUGUCGGAUAAAGAGGCAGAACCCUCACAAUGCGCAGCACCGUACCACGCUGCAGGAUGUGCGCAGUGUGGCGGGGAUAAUGAUCCUCCUGGGCUUUACUUGGGGCUUUGCCUUUUUUGCCUGGGGCCCCGUUAACCUGCCAUUCAUGUACCUCUUUGCCAUCUUUAACUCCUUGCAAGGUUUCUUUAUAUUCGUGUUCUUCUGUGCGGUGAAGGAGAAUGUGAGGAAGCAGUGGAGGACCUACCUGUGCUGCGGCAGAAUGAGGUUAGCAGAGAACUCAGAAUGGAGCCGCACUGCAACACAGAAGACAGUGAAGGCAUCAGUGACCGGACUAACAUCUCUUCAUUCCUCAAAGUCCUCCAAGUCCAACAACUCAUCCAGCUCCUCCUCUUUCCUCGUCAGUGACUCUUCAGAGCAGAUUAGUGGCAUUGGUAGCCCAUUUGAAGACAGAGCAAUCACAGCGGACGAAGACCCCAGUACGGAUGUGGUCCUCAACGAGAUCAACAGGCAGUACAGACACCUACCAGUGCCCUGAUCCAGGCCAAGGACAGGACAGACUGUUUAAUGGCUCUUAUUUUGAAAUACUUGUAUGUAAUGUUAAUAGAGUAAUUUAUGCACCGUCCAUCUGCAUGUCACAUCUAUCACACGACUUGUAAUGGGAAAUGGAAAUCCUGCAUUAUACAUGACACUUGAUUUUUUUUACACACUUUUCUAUAUUCAUACUUUUCUUAAUUGUAUUUGCACUUGAACAACCUCUAUUCCUUCGUACAGUGAUGUUAUAAGAAGUCAUAUCCCAAUGGUACGUUGCAUACACUGAUGUUGACCCACUGGUCAACAAGUCAAUAUCAGGACAUCACAACAGAUGUGUACCAGUUUUGACUGUAAAUGACUUUUUUGUAAUUGUCAAAUAAAAGGAAUUAUGUCCA